AUGGGCAAUGGCAAGCAGGAUUCGUCUGGGGAUGGCUCCGAUGAACAACAUGUCCAAGGUACAUUGUUAAAUAGUAUGAGCAUUGGCAGAUUUCUCUCGCUAGGAGUCGAGACCCUGGAGACUACAGAUGAAAGAACUUCGUGUCAGAGAAGUUCAGAAACACGGAGACAAGGGAAUAAAGAGUUGGAAGAUGGUCCCAAGACUAUUGAGCAGCAAGAAAUGUCUCAACAACGAAAACCUGAAGACCAAGAGGAGUUUCAAAAUGGUAAUUCUCCAUCUAGACGCAGAAGCAUAGGGACAAAAAACGAACAAAUCCCAGGCAAUAGAAGCGAAGCCCAAAACAACACUUUCUAA